UUUAUUCAACCACAUUUCAUCAUGCAUUUCCCCUUCCUAUUUCUCUCAUCUCUAAUUAUCAUCUCUUACUUUCCACGUGUGGCUACUGCUCCUUCCUCACCAAAUGUUCUAACCCAAGGCUCAUCACUCUUUGUUGAAAACGAUGAUCUUUUGGUUUCAUCAAAUGGCGUUUUCGCAGCAGGAUUUCACCCGGUUGGCGAAAACACUUAUUGUUUCGCGAUAUGGUUUUCCAAACCCAUGUCGGAUGGCAAUCUGACAUUGGUUUGGAUGGAAAACAGAGAUAAACCCGUCAAUGGAAAACGCUCCAAGUUUUCCUUGUGGAAAACCGGAAAUCUUGUGCUUACGGAUGCAGGUCGACAUGUUUGGCGAACUGAUACUAUAUCUACUAAUUCGCAAUUGAAGCUUCUUGAUUCCGGUAACCUUGUUUUAAUUCAGCCAGAUGAUCAAUCAUAUCUUUGGCAAAGCUUCAGUUUUCCUACAGACACCAUUCUAUCCAAUCAGCGGUUUACCAGAGAUUCGGUUCUUGUAUCUUCAAGAAGUUCAACAAAUUUAUCUUCCGGCUUUUAUAAACUUUAUUUUGAUGACGACAACGUAAUCCGCCUUGUUUACGAUAGCUAUGAAAUAACCAGCGUUUAUUGGCCUAAACCUUGGUUACGGCCAUGGGAUGCGAUGAGAUCUACUUUCAACAAUAGUAGAUUCGCUUUGCUUGAUUCCAAAGGCCAAUUCAAGUCCACAGACAAUUUAACAUUCAUUACCACGGACUAUGGGCAGAUUCAUCAUAGAAGAAUGACACUUGAUGUUGAUGGCAAUGUUAGAGUUUACACACUUAACAAAGGAAGUUGGACUGUUUCAUGGCAAGCAAUUUCAAAAAUGUGUUCAAUUCAUGGGAUAUGUGGCCCAAACAGCCUUUGUACUUAUAGUUUUGAAUCAGGAAGGAGGUGUACUUGCAUGCAUGGGUACAAGGCUAAGAACCAUACCGAUCUGUCUUUCGGGUGUGAACCAAUAAUCAAACUCACUGGACAUCGCGAAAACUACGAGUUCAUAAGACUUCCUCAUGUGGAAUUCUAUGUCAACAUGAAUUUGAGAGACCCAUUUGCUUGCUUUGUCACAUAUGUUCGUUCGAGCGCUGCUCCAGGAAUUAAGUCAAUGUGGAAUUCGACUUGCCGUAACGGGGGUAAACCUGGCAGCUCAUCAGGAAAUACCUCGGAAAAUUCCCAAACUAUGGGAAAAUCCUAG